CGCGUUUCGGUGUUCUCCACUGGACCUGAUCCAUCAUCGCUAUAACUACCAAAGCUAACAGAGCUCGCAGACGUGUUCAAUUUGCACUUUGUUGGUUAGUUCCUGCCAGAAAAAAAUUAACUAAACUCUAGAGGAUUUCGUUACCUAUAGGCGCGCGGACCACACUUCGCCUCCUACUAAUCACCUCGAAGUAGCCUUCAAGUACCCAGCUAGGAGCACUUAGGAGCACUAGCAUUGCGAGCCGCAAAUGGCGGAAACCGAGCAAGAUGUGGUGAAGGGGCCGUGGAGCCCCGAAGAAGACGAGAAGCUCAGAGAGUUAAUCUCGAAGUACGGACCGCGUAAUUGGUCACUCAUAGCCCAAGGACUCAAGGGGCGGUCUGGCAAGAGCUGUCGCUUACGAUGGUGCAACCAACUGAAUCCCGAAGUGAACAAGGACCCGUUCACGGACGACGAGGAUCGCAUCAUCGUGAUGGGCCACGCGGAGCACGGCAGCAAGUGGUCCAUCAUCGCCAAAAGCCUCCCCGGCCGCACCGAUAACGCCAUCAAGAACCACUGGAACUCGACGCUGAAGCGCAAGUACCCCACCAUUCUCGCCGACAUCAUCAGCCGACGGACCUCCCGCCUGCUGGACUCUCCGCGCGACAGUAUCAGCGGAAACAGCAGCGCGGGUCCGGCCUCCCCCGCAUACGCCGCCAUGUACCGCUCCGCGUUCCCCGACAGCCCCGCAUUCUCGCCGGGCAGCGGCGCAGGCACACCUGGGGGCGGGCGAUAUGACUCCAGCAGGGUGGAACACAUCCGUGCGCUCACCGACGUGCUCCGCCGCCUCGCCACCACCUCCGCCGCCGCCUCCACGUGCUCGUCCCCCAGCGGCCUGCACUCCGGCGUCCCGUCCCCCCACCCCCUCUCGCAACCCUUCUCCCCGCACGGCCUCUCCUCCAGCAGCGGCGCGCCUUCCCCCGGUUCCGCGCAGCCGUUCCCCUUUUCCGCCGGAGCCGGCGGAGGCGGAGGCUUCGGUCUCGCCAUGGGGGGGGCCGGCGGAAGCGGAAGCGGAGGGGACGACCUGUUCGAUUUGCGCCAGCAAACCGCCAAGCGCCUGCGCCUAGCUGCCGCCGCGUAUUCCGGGAUUCCGUUUUCCGAACUCCCCUCCCCGCAGGAGGUGCUCGCGUUCCCCAAAAGCGCGAGCCUGGGGGAGCCCUCCGUGCUCUCUCCGCCCAUGGUUUCCCCGCUCUUCCCGCGCUUCCUUUCCACCUCCGCCGCUGCCGGCGCAGGUGGGAGCGGAGCAGUUUUCGGGGGGGAUAACGGGCUGGCGGCGCUGACAGCCGCGGGGGGAGCUGCGGGAUUGGGCAUGGGGGGCGCGGUAGGCGUGAACGGGUUUGGGGGAAUGGGCGCGGGCAUGGGGUCUUCCCCGCUCGGCUCCCCAAACAACAUGUUCCGCGCAGGUCUAGGUGGCGGAAUGGCCGGCGGGCUGGGCGGCAGUGGCGGAACUGCGAAAACACCUCCCUUCUCAGCCUUCCACCACCGCUCGCUGCUCCGCUCCUCCUCCUCCCCCGUAGAACGCGCGCCCCUUACCGGCCUCUUCCCCUCCGUCCUGGGGAACUCAAGCCUAGGCGGCUCAAGCCUGGGGCUAUCAGUGUUGGGGGGAGGAGGGGGAGCAGUGGGAGGCAUGGGGGGAAUGGGAGCAAUGAGUGUGGAUGGUGGGGCUGGUGGUGGCGGCGGCAGCAGCAGCAGGCAGAAAGGGCCGUCGAUUCUCGGGCGGCGGAAUCUGACCAUUGAUUUGUCGGUGCUGGAGCAGCAGCAGCCGUCGUCAGCUAAUGUCACGCCCCAGGGCGCUCGGCCCGUGGUUGCUGCUGCUCCCGGCGCUGGAGUUGCCACUGCUGGUGAUACCUCUGCUGGCUCGUCUGGCUCUGCUGGCUCGUCUGGCGCUGCUGCUGCUGCUGCUGUUCCUGGUGGUGGUUUCACUGGAAUGGACGGGGGGGCCGCGGCCCUUUUCUCACUAAACCAGCAGGCUAACCAAGCGUCACUCUUCGAUGCUGCUACCUUCCAGCAGCAGCAGCAGCAGCAGUUUGCGGCGUGUGAGUCGACUCAGAAGCGGUCGAGAUUCGGCAUGGCAGCAGGAGCGGCACGCGGCGGGGUGGAGGCGGAGAGCGCUUCAAUGUCCAGCGGCGGCGGCCACAUGGAGCGACCAGGGUCCCGCAUGGACGAGGAUAGCACGGAAUACCAGCAGCAGAGGCAGGAGCAGCGGGAGCGGCAGCAGCAGGAGGAGCAGCAGGAGGAAGAGGAGAAGGCGUUGAGGGCAAUGGGGGGAGGGCAGGAGGCGCUGCAAGGCGAGCAGGAGUCGCAGGAAGGGCUGCAGGCGCUGCAGGCGUUGCUGGCUGCACAGCAGAGCGCCGCUGGAGGCAGCCAGCUGCACGCGCUGCGGCAGCUGCUCCAGCAGCAGCUGCUGCAGCAGCAGGGCAUGCAGUUGAUGCAGCAGUCUUUUCAGCAGCAGCAGCAGGAGCAGUUUCAGCAGCAGAGGCAGCAGCAGUUGCAGUUGUUUCAGCAAGAGCAGCAGUUUCAGCAGCAGCAGCAGCUGCUGCAGGAGGAGGAGGAACAGCAGCAUCAGCAGGGGCAUGCUACAUUUGGAGGUGGAGCGGGUCAGGGAGGAGGAGGUGGAGCAACAGGAGGAGGGGGUGGCGUGCAGCAACUGAAUGAGCUGAUGGCAGCUGGGGGCUCAUCAUCGCUCCUCAGCUUCCUGGCCUCUGAUUGGCCACAACUCAAAGAGGCUGUAUCUACUGGGGCUCGGGCUUUUGAUGUUUCAAAUAUCCCUCCGACAAGCGAAUGAAGAGAGUGCGUGAGUGGUGCUGUGCAUGUGUCAUGAAGGUGAUGAUGCAUCAUUCGCAUUGGAACAUGCUGCUCGAUGCCACGCAAAGAUGGACGGGUCAUGGGGGACUGAUGGCGAGACACCAAUUGGGCUGGAUGGCAUGGAAUGGUGGCAAGGACUGGUUGGAAUGCCUGGAAUGCUGCCCUCCUGGCAUUUGUGCUGUCUGGUGAUUUUAGACUCGAAGACUGAAUUAUUCUGGACAUUCUGUGCAGGUAAGGUACUGCUUGGUUGGGGUUUAUUCACAUUUUUGUCGGUGAUUAACAGCCGUGCUUAGAUGCCCUUGGUGGACAGCCACUUCUAGCUGGCUUGUCACAAGUGCAUUGACUGCUUUUGGCUGUGCAUAAGUGGGUUCUCCCCACUUUAGGUACAUUCAAACCUGCAACGUGUAAAAUACCUUCUGUACAAUAGUUAACUCAGGUUGCUUACGUUUCUUUGUAUAGAAACUGUCUAGUUAUUGCACUUUGUAUAAACAACUCAUCAAGUGCCAUACCUAAUGAUUCUGGUGGUUGGUUGUACAUUGGUUCACGAGGUGAUCAGUGGCA